AAGUGCUCAAUAUUGUUUAAUAAGAUAAGGUGUAUGGAAUAACUGCUGAAGUGAUUUACUGAUAAUACACAAGCCUAUAUACAGCGAAAUACAUUGAAAACCAUACAUUUUAAGCAGUUUUUUUAAACGCAAAAAUGAGUGCUUGGGCGGUUAAAUUCGUUGCGUUGUUUCUUCUCGUCCAAGGAGCUAUUGGCCGGGCAUCAGUUGGUAAAUUACAAGAAGGAUGUGAAAUAACUGAAUUUAGCGAAGUGCAAGUGGCUGUUGAAAUAUGUGACGUCCUGAUUCUCGAAAAUAUUUUUGUACCUGCUGGGAAAACUUUGAAUCUGAACUUAAGAGAUCAAGCCACACUUUACUUCCGAGGAACCAUCACAUUUGGUUACGCUGAAUGGGAAGGGCCUUUAGUAGCGAUCAAUGCAAGCAAUGCAGUUAUUGAAGGAGAAGAUGGUGCAGUUUUUAAUGGACAAGGCGAACUUUAUUGGGAUGGGCUUGGCGAAUGGGGCAGCUUAAAGCCCAAGUUCUUCAUUAUGCAGCUACAUCUACAAUCAAGAUGACUGUGUGGUUGUCUACAGCGGGUCAAAUAUUUUGGUCGAAGAUUUUAUUUGCUACGGAGGACACGGCCUGAGUAUCUCAGCAGGGCAUGAUGAUGAAAAUGUCGAGCUGAAUACUGUUUACAAUGUAACAUUCAGUGACUCAGUUGUUACAGAGGGCAAAAAUGCAAUUCAUGUCAAAACCCAUGUCGAUGGCGGUGAUGGACGAAUUGAGAAAGUGGUUUACAGGAACAUACAAUUCCAAGGGGCUAGUGAAUACGGAAUAAACAUUCAGGAAAACUAUCGGAAUCUUCCACCAAAUAGCACCAUGCCCGACCAGGCCAGAAACAAUAUUCCCAUAACCGACUUACAGUUGAUUAAUGUUGUUGGUUCGGUUGAUAGUUCGGCGGUUCCAAUAUACAUAUUCUGUGCAGAGGGUGGGUGCUUUGAAUGGGAAUUCACCGAAGUUGUAGUAACUGGAACUGAGGCAAAUAUGUGCAUCUAUGAACCAACCGAAGUUAUUUGCUAAAUAAUUAAAAAUUGUAUUAUUUA